CUGCUGCUGCUCUGCCGCCCGACUCUGCCUGUGAGCCGUGCUAUCGGAGCAGCGUGCGCAAAGCAGUGUCAGUCGAGUAGAGAACUCACGAGUGUCCACUUUAGCUUCCGAGAGGCUCCCUGUCGUUACAAGCUCGUGUGUUAUACUUACUUAUCGGCAAGUUUUUCUGCACGUCGUGUGAACACGCACAUCGUAAGAUAUUACGUUCAGUGAAGGUUUUUUUUCCACGAAUUUUCCCCGCCAAUAACAAGGAAACAUAAUGGCCUGCAACAGAGCAACCAAGUCCGGAUUCGCCGCCGAGGCUCAGCGCAAAAUCAACAGUAAAUACAGCGAAGAAUUGGCCCAAGAGAGCUUAGAAUGGAUCAAAACGAUCACCAACGAAAACAUCAACACAAGCGGAGAUAUGGACAACUUUUACGACACCUUGAAAGACGGUACGCUGCUUUGCCGACUGGUUAACUGCAUCAAGCCUAACUCUGUAAGAAAAAUUAAUCAGUCCACUAUGGCGUUCAAAUGCAUGGAAAAUAUCAAUGGUUUCCUCGAGACGGCUCGCGAUUUGGGAGUACCAGCUCAGGAGAGCUUCCAGACCGUCGAUCUUUGGGAAAGACAGAAUCUGAAUUCUGUCGUUACCUGCCUUCAAUCUCUCGGUAGAAAGGCUGGCAAUUACGGUAUGCCGAGCAUCGGACCCAAAGAAGCCGACAAAAACAUUCGCAACUUUUCCGAGGAGCAGCUCAAGGCCGGUCAAGGUAUCAUCAGUCUCCAAUAUGGUAGCAACAAAGGUGCCACUCAGAGCGGCAUAAACUUUGGCAACACAAGACACAUGUAAAUUGUUGCUCGAGGUCCAAGAACGAAGCCUUCCAAAAAUAUAUUUGCAGAAUCAAAGACUAUAUAUUAAUCGAGAAGAUUUUUAUAUCUAUUGCAAACAUGAAGCAAGGGAAAUAACGAUAUUUUUUUAAAUAUAAUUAUACUUUCGUACAGACUAUGAAAAAUCUUGAGAAACUCCCUUUUUUGACGUUAGCCUUUUUUAAAUAUUAAUUGGUACUCUGGAAGUACAGAAAAAAAUAUUUAUAAAUAAUCAUAAAAAUGUACUGAGCCAUUUUCACCUUGUUAAGAUUUAAUUGACAAAUGAAACUCUUUUGCGCAGGAGAUGCAAUGUAACUUUUACUUGCACUUGAUUUCAAAGAGAUACAUCUAUCAUGAAUAUAAAUUUCCAUUUUAAGUAUUAAACUAAUGUAAACAUGAAAAUGUUUAUGUAUAGAAUGAAAACAAAAACAAAUCUUAUGGUCAUUGUAUUUAAAAAUUGUUAAAAUAAUCUAAUGAGAUAUA